AUGGCUAUAAUGCGCGGCAACAGCCGCUUCACCAUGGCGGUCCCACCUCCCUCUCCGAUCCCAACCGGCAGAGGCUCCCGCUCUGCGUCCAACGAGAACUUCACCCAAUUCCUCGACAAGUGCCUGCAGAUCCCCGAGCUCAUCGCGUUGCCGCCUUCUGCCUCCGGCACACGUCACGAACUCCCCGCCGACGUCGACUUCCGAUCGCUCUCCGCCGAGUCCGUCGCCCGGCUUCUCGCCUCGGCCAAGCAGUUCGGCGCGUUUCGGAUCAGCAAUCACGGGAUUUCGGCCGAGGAGUUGGGAUCCGUGGUUCGGAAAGCCCAAUCUGUUUCCGGAAAUGGCAGAGUAAUCGGGAAACGCUUCGUUGAACGCAUUGGGAAUCGGGAGGAGAUUAAAUGA